AAUAUCUGAUUGAUUAGCAAUGAUUAUUUAACUUUGGGUCCUAAGAUACUUUAGAAAUAUCUCCAAGACUCGAACCGUGCUUCAAAUAUCAAGCACUUUUUUGAAGUACUACUUUCACUUUUUUUUUCAGUUUUUAGUCGAGUCGCCGGAGUUCUCCCCUUGCGCCGCCGCAGCAAUGUUGACGAACUCCGCAUCCGGCGGUGACGCUCCUUCUCGCGGUUUUGAUACGCCGACGCUGGACCUUGAAUCGGCGGCGCUGCUCCACGCGAUCUCCGAGCAUGGCGGGUACGCGUACGUGAGCAUGGCGGCUCUGGCGGCAAACGGCGACAUUCGCGCGGCGGAGGCGGCGUGCGAGAUGGCGUGGGAGCAGCUGCACUCGGGGCCGUGGCACUCGGUGCUGCCGGUGUGGCGCGACGCUUACUCCAUGGCGUGCCUCCUCGUGGCGCGCCACCACUACCGCAACGGCGAGUUCAGGGACGCGCUUAGGGUUUUGGAUUUGGGAAUCAUCAUGGGAGGCACGCUCCUCCGCAAGGAUUUGGACUCCGCCAUCGAGAAAAUUUCCGAACAAACGAGGAAGACCGUUAGGGUUUCUGAUUUGGGGAACUCCGAGCACCGACUCGUCGAUCGCGAAUUUGAUAUGGCAGAGGUGCUCCAACUUUUACCUGUGAAGUCUCUUUCAAAUAAGCUUGUGGCGAAGAAAUCGGCACUGUCGCUGGAGAAAUUCCUGAAGGAUCAUUACCUGUCUGGCUGCCCGGUUAUUAUCAGUGAUUGUAUGGCUCACUGGCCAGCCAAGAUGAAAUGGAAUGACGAAGAUUACUUACUGAGAGUUGCCGGUGACCGCACGGUUCCGGUUGAGCUUUCAUUCCAGGUUGGGAAAAACUAUUUAUGUACUGAGUGGAAGCAAGAGCUAAUUACAUUUUCAGAGUUUCUUCAGCGGAUAAAGUCCGAUAGCUGUUCUCCUGGUGGUCUUACAUAUCUUGCUCAGCAUCCAUUAUUUGAUCAGAUAAAUGAGCUUCGGAAAGAUAUCUUUAUUCCUGACUAUUGUUUUACUGGUGGAGGGGAGCUACGAUCUCUCAAUGCUUGGUUUGGUCCAGCAGGAACAGUGACACCGUUACACCAUGAUCCACAUCAUAACAUACUAGCUCAGGUUGUUGGAAAGAAAUACAUUAGGCUUUACUCUUCAUCUUUGUCUGAGGAACUUUCCCCCCACUCUGGUACCAUGCUCCACAAUUCCAGCCAGGUUGAUUUAGAUGACAUAGAUGAAAACAAGUUUCCGAAGGUGCAAGACUUGGAAUUUGUAGACUGUAUUUUAGAGGAAGGCGAAAUGUUAUAUAUCCCGCCAAAAUGGUGGCACUAUGUGCGCUCUUUGACUACCAGUUUUUCAGUUAGCUUUUGGUGGAGUGAGGGUGAAAGUUCGGAUGCAUCCUAAUGUUAUAUCAUCUUUCAUUCUUUCUUUUGGAGAACUGAGCGUGUUCUAAGUAGCAUUGCUAAUAUCUAUGUGACUGGUCAUUUUACUACCCAGUGACAGUAUAAUUCCCCUGCAUAAACAUCAUUUUUGGCACUCGUUGUCACUACACGCGCACUUCCUGUAGUUACUGAUCAUAAGGGUUUGUGAAACGCAGUCCCGAACAGUAAACUACUAAUACUCUAUUUUUUGGAAUUAAAUAAUACUAAAAUAUUCAAGAUCCCGCA